AUGACUCGAAAUAUUUGGCACAUUUAUAGAUGGCAGCAUCUUCCCUUACCCAAAACAGAUCUUGCAAAUCAUAAGUUUAUGACGAAAAUUGGCUCUGAAAAUUUUAUACUUUCCCGACCGUUGAGCGUUUCGGAGAAUUUUUUUAGAUCAAGAACUGCCAGUGGUAAUUAUCGAAAUUUUCAAGUUACUGCCACCUACCAGCCAGGUUUGAAGAAUAAUUUGAAACUUUUCUACUAUGCAUUGAAGAAAACAGUUCUUGAUUACCACAUUUUGAUAACCAAUGUCCAAUUCAAUUCCUCAAUUGAUAGCUACUUUUAUGAGCCGUUGAAUAGUGUUGAUUUUGCCAGUGUCGUUGAAUUGAUAGAAAGUGAUGACUAUAUUAACAACAAUAUGAUUAAUGAAAAGUUUAUGAAAUCAGUGAAUCAAAUAACCUUCAACCUUUAUUCACAAGACCCGUUGUUCAAGUUAAUAUUGGUGGGCGAAAACCAUCUUUGUGUUGUUUUCGAACAUACCAUCGCUGACGGAUUGGUCGCUAGAUACAUACACGAAAUUCUACUUGAAAACCUUGCAUAUUGUGAUAAUGCUUCCAACUGGGACACUUUACAACGCGAGUACGGAUUUGUGGAUUUGGACAACCCACAUAGUGCCCAGCUAUUCAAUCUCGAACGUGACCAUAAGUUCAUCAAAAACUCAUUGCCGCCUCCAAUUGAUCUAUUCCUUUCGAUGGAUGAGGACUAUACCGGGGGUAAUCCCCAAUUCUCUGAAAAUAUAAUACCUCCAAGCACAGAGGGGAAAUGGCUCGGGCGGUUUCCUGCUGUAGAUACACAUAAUGUUGCUUUUAAAUUGAUCAACGUCCCACCAAAUGAAACUGAAAAAAUACUUAAAAGAUGUAGAGCAGAACAGACUUCUGUCACAUCGUACAUUGAAGUGGUAUUAGCAUUAACAAUACAUUCAUUAUUUAGAGGGAAAUAUGCCUCAUUUAAAUGCGCUAUGGCUUUAAGAAGACAUUUUGAUGCAAAAAGUGCACCAAAAGAGUACGUCUCCAUUUUAAGUCACCCGGGUUAUAAAAUUUUAGGAACUCUGGCACAUAUGGGCUUUGGGAUGAACCUUCCUCCAAUCACGGAAUUCUCGUGGGAACUUGUUCGCAAGGUUAACAAUCACAUUGUCGAAGGGUGCAAAAAUAAAAGGGCAUUGAAUCAGUUAAAGGGAUUCAAGGAUGUUGCAGAUCUAAAAGAUGAAACUAACGAGUUCUUCUUUAAGAGACAAUUGAACAAGCCUAAAGCUGAUGCCGUCAAGAUUUCCAAUUUAGGAUUUGUACAUCCAACAGAAUACCAAACUGAACUGGGCAGAAUGUGGAAGAUACACAAUAUGAUAUUCGCCCAAGAUAUGGCUCCCUAUGCUUCCGAGUUCAUGUUGAAUAUUAUUUCUACAGUUAAAGGAGGCUUGAACUUGGUAUUGAGCUACUACGACUACACAUUUGAGGAUUCUGAGUGGGAGAAUUUUGAUCAUUUUAUAGAGAACCUUCGACAAAAUAUGGUUGAAUGUUCAUCAUAG